AAAAAACUAAUAUUGUACUUCCACCAAUGGUAACGAUUGUCUUACAGGGGAGGCUGAAACUUGUCACCUCACAAGCACGGCAGACAGACAGACGCAUUUAUCGUCAUGAUACAGUCACAAAUUCCUACAUGUUGGCUGUCGUAUGAAAAGCGCCACUACUUGUGGACAUCAUUAUGAUGGGAGUUAACUGUCGCUGAUAGUCUGACCGACUAGCAACAAUGUUGCCCUCACCUAACAUUUUGACCAGAUCCGCUACCCAGUUGGUGUCACACUCAAAGUUUUGGAGUCAAGGUCAUCUGUGGUGCUCAUGCCGGAAUGUCUCCGUUAAACCAGGAGGGUGGAAACCUCGGAAGGUUCCACCAAGAUACCUCGGCCAGCUAAGCCCCUUCACUCAUCCACACUUCAUAAAAAAUGGUGAGGUGACCCCUGGCUUAACCCAAACAGAGUUUGAUCUCCGUCGGCAAAGACUGGCCUCUCUCAUCGAGGUUCAGGCAGAUCGGCUGGGACCCACUGCUUCGUCCAACAAACACCUCGUCAUUGUCCUGUCCCACCCAAUCUGCUACAUGACCAAUGACAUCCCCUACCCCUUCCACCAGAACCAGGACUUCCUCUACCUCACAGGCAUCCUUGAACCAGACAGCGCCCUGGUUCUGUGUGGUACCGGCCGCCCGGACCAAGCCAUCCUCUUUGUACCCCGCAGGGACCCGGCCAGGGAGCUGUGGGACGGGCCCAGGUCAGGGAAGGACGGGGCGGCAGCGUUGACGGGGGUCGAGAGGGUCCACUGCACAGAAGAGUUGGGACUUGUACUCAAAAGCCUUAAAGGUAGCACUGUGUGGUAUGAUGGCUCCAAGCCCUGCCACCCUGGGCUCCACCAGACCCAUGUUCGGCCCCUGCUGGAAGGGGGGCCCAUGGUGCGCUCUCUCAGACCCCUUACACACUCCCUCAGGGCCCUCAAGAGCCCAGCCGAAGUGGCUCUCAUGAAGGAGGCUGGUCGCAUAACAGCACAGGCAUUCAAGAAGACUAUGGGUAUGUCUCAAGGGGACAUUGAUGAAGCUCUACUGUAUGCUAAGUUUGAUUUUGAGUGCCGUGCCCAUGGAGCCAAUUUCUUGGCCUAUCCUCCUGUGGUUGCUGGUGGAAACCGAGCCAAUACACUUCAUUACAUAAACAACAACCAGAUUGUCAAGAAUGGGGAGAUGGUGCUACUUGAUGGAGGGUGUGAAUACUUUUGUUAUGUCAGUGAUAUUACCCGUACCUGGCCAGUGAACGGAAAGUUCAGCCCUGCCCAGGCAGAGUUGUAUGAGGGGGUGUUGGAGGUGCAGAAGGGCUGUCUGUCUCUGUGCUCCCCAGGAGUCAGUCUGGACCACAUCUAUAGCACCAUGUUGGCUCUGCUGGGACGCCAACUCAGACAGCUGGGCAUCGUGAAGAGCUCCACCAGUGAUGCUGAUGCACUUAAGGCGGCGCGGCGCUACUGCCCCCACCAUGUUGGUCACUACCUGGGCAUGGAUGUGCACGAUACCCCUGAGCUUUCCCGCUCUCAGCCCCUCCAGCCUGGAAUGGCAAUCACAAUAGAGCCAGGGCUGUACAUAUGUGAGGAUGAUGACCAGGUUCCAGAGCGAUUCCGUGGACUUGGGGUGAGAAUAGAGGACGACGUUGUGAUUCAAGACGAGAUGAACCCCUUGAUCCUGUCCUCUGACACACCCAAAACCAUUGCUGAUGUUGAAAGAGCCUGUGCACAGAGUUAGGGCUGAGAGAGACUAGACAUGGGGAGGGUAUAUACCUUGCUCCCAACUGGAGUGUGACCGUAUACACUCCUCAAAAUGCUGAGUGUGAGCAAGACUGAGUGUUCAUCCCUCUCAAGAGUGACAGGUCACAUUUCAGUGGGUUCUUCUUCGGUAUAUUGGCGAUUGCACAAUUUAAUGUGCAUCCCGCCACCUACUGUGCGGGAUGGAAACAGGGUUUCCCCAAAAAGCGUAACUACCAACAAAAAACGAACAAACUACCAAAAAUAAAAUCUAUCAAAACAACUUCACUGUUCAAAAAUAAUCUGAUCCCUACACAGGCUCAGGGGGGAGCCUGGGAGGGCGGGCUGUCUUCCGGCGUCAAUACCCCUUCUAAGUGCUUCAGAUGUAUACUAAACAAAAAUAUAAAACGCAACAUGUAAAGUGUUGGUCCCAUGUUUUAUGAGCUGAAAUAAAAGAUCCUUGACAUUUUCCAUAGAUGCAAAAAGCUUAUUGCUCUCAAAUGUUGUGCACAAAUGUGUUUACAUCUGUUAGUGAGCGUUUCUCCUUUGCAAAGAUAAUCAAUCCACCUGACAGGUGUGGCAUAUCAAGAAGCUGAUUAAACAGCAUGAUCAUUAAACUGGUGCACUUUGUGCUGGGGACAAUAAAAGGCCACUCACUCUAUAAUGUGCAGUUUUGUCACACAACACAAUUUUAUUUCACCUUUAUUUAACCAGGUAGGCUAGUUGAGAACAAGUUCUCAUUUGCAACUGCGACCUGGCCAAGAUAAAGCAUAGCAAUUCGACACAUACAACAAUUAGCAUGCUGACUGCAGGAAUGUCCAAACAGAGGUGUUGCCAGAUAAUUUACUGUUAAUUUCUCUACCAUAAGCCGCCUCCGACAUCAUUUUAGUGAAUCUGGCAGUACAUCCGACCGGCUUCACAACCGCAGACCAUGUUUAACAAUGCCAGCCCAGGACGUCCACAUCUGGCUUCUCACUGGGGGAUUGUCUGAGAAGGGGGAGGGUGUAUUUCUGUCUGUAAUAAAGCCCUUUUGUGGGGGGAAACUCAUUCUGAUGGGCUGGGUCUGGCUCUCCAUUGGGUGGGCCUGGCUCCCAAGUGGGUGGGCUUAUGCCUACCUAUGGGUGUGCCCCUGCCCAGUCAUGUGAAAUCCAUAGAUUAGGGCCUAAUUCAAUUUUCAAUUGACUGAUUUCCUUCUAUGAACUGUAACUCUGUGAAAUCUUUGAAAUGGUUGCAUGCUGCGUUGAUAUUUUUGUUCAGUAUAAAAUCCUUAAAUCCCCAAAACAUUUCUGCUCUAGCCACAAUCUCCAGUUUCUUAGACUUUGAGAGUUGAGCCGCAGUUUAUAACUGGCAAUGAACACCACAAAAUCCACCUUUUUAACACAGGGUAUCUUUUGACUGGCAGCAAACAUUUACUACAGGCUGUGGUACAUCCACUACCAUAUAUUUACUAGCAUCACUUGUUUUCCCAAUUAUUUCUAUGGGUUUCUGGAGGACUGCAUGAUUACCACAUUUAGAUCCAUGAGGAAUAAUGUUUUCAUUGUCUUUUCUAUUGUAAAAAUAGGAAAUGUCUGUUCUCACAAACUAAUACAUUUCACUGGUUCCUUGCAGGAUAGGAGAGCAUUAGAUAAUGGCUCUAUUGUGCAAGAAUAGUCUCAUUUAUUAGGAAUAUUGGGAUUUGAGAUAUGAGUGUUUAUUGAUGAAGACAAAAUGUAUAUUUGUGUGUGUGUCAGUUUUUAUACAUAGUCAUGUCUAAUUGAAAAUGCUGUUAACAGAAUAUUCAGUUCUAUUAUUUGUAACAGUUGGUCAUAAAUCUACGUAAAUGAGACACCUGA